CCCCCCACCCCGGGCACCCCUCCCCUCUCCAGCCCUCAGCGCUUCUUGCGAGUAGACAGUGGCUAGCUCCUUUUCGCCGGGAAGCGGGUACAGCGAUUGGGUGACGAUCCCUUAGCCCACAAGUUCCGCGUCGGUUUCAAGGCUCCUCCCUCCGAGUGAAAGACAGACUCCGGGGCGCCUGGAAACCGGUCGGGGAGAGGGAGAGGGAGCCCAGUUGAGGGAUUGACACAAAUGGUCAGGCGGCGGCGGCGGAGGCGGAGGCGGAGGCGGAGGCGGAGGCAGAGGUGCGCUCUCGCCGGGGCCCGGGACGCCGGAGCUGCGCCGCCCGCCGAGCGGCAGCGCCCGCCGGACGAACCGGCACUCGGGGCUCUCCCCGACUCGCCCCCCGCCGGCGCUUCAUGAAUCGCCAGUUUCCGCGGCGGCGGCGCCGGCUGCGGGACGCGGAGCGAGCGCGGGACGAAGAGGGCAGCGGCCGCCGGGGGGGCGCCGGCAGCAGCUCGGGCGGAGCGGCGCCCGGGACGGGGCCGAGAAAGUAUGGCUGAGCGGGGGGCGCCCAGGGCGACCGCGGCCGGCGGCGAGCGCCGGCAACUUUGCGCGGCGCUCCGGGGGCCGCCGCCGCCGCUGCUGCUGCUGCUCCUGCCGCUGCUGCUGCCGUCGGGGGUCCGCUCGCAGGCGGCCGGCCAGGGGCCCGGCCCCGGGCAGCCGCCGCCGCCGCCCCCGCCGCAGCCGCAGGCGGCCGGGCAGCAGCAGCCGCCGCCGCCGCAGCAGCAGUACCACGGCGAGCGCGGCAUCUCCAUCCCGGACCACGGCUACUGCCAGCCCAUCUCCAUCCCGCUGUGCACCGACAUCGCCUACAACCAGACCAUCAUGCCCAACCUGCUGGGCCACACGAACCAGGAGGACGCAGGGCUCGAGGUGCACCAGUUCUACCCGCUGGUGAAGGUGCAGUGCUCGGCAGAGCUCAAGUUCUUCCUGUGCUCCAUGUACGCGCCCGUGUGCACCGUCCUGGAGCAGGCGCUGCCGCCCUGCCGCUCUCUGUGCGAGCGGGCCCGCCAGGGCUGCGAGGCGCUCAUGAACAAGUUCGGCUUCCAGUGGCCCGACACGCUCCGCUGCGAGAAGUUCCCAGUGCACGGCGCCGGCGAGCUCUGCGUGGGCCAGAACACGUCGGACAAGGGCACCCCGACGCCCUCGCUGCUGCCCGAAUUCUGGACCAGCAACCCCCAGCACGGGGUCGGGGGCGGCGCGGGGGGCUCCCGAGGCGGGGGCGGCGCCGGGGGCGCCUCCUCCUCGGAGCGGGGCAAGUUCUCCUGCCCGCGGGCGCUCAAGGUGCCCUCGUACCUCAACUACCACUUCUUGGGGGAGAAGGACUGCGGCGCCCCUUGCGAGCCCAGCAAGGUGUACGGGCUCAUGUACUUCGGGCCAGAGGAGCUGCGCUUCUCGCGCACCUGGAUCGGCAUCUGGUCCGUGCUCUGCUGCGCCUCCACGCUCUUCACCGUGCUCACGUACCUGGUGGACAUGCGGAGGUUCAGCUACCCGGAGCGGCCCAUCAUCUUCCUCUCGGGCUGCUACACGGCCGUGGCCGUGGCCUACAUCGCCGGCUUCUUGCUGGAGGACCGGGUGGUCUGCAAUGAAAAGUUUGCGGAGGAUGGAGCCCGCACGGUGGCCCAGGGCACCAAAAAGGAGGGCUGCACCAUCCUCUUCAUGAUGCUCUAUUUCUUCAGCAUGGCCAGCUCCAUCUGGUGGGUGAUCCUCUCCCUCACCUGGUUCCUGGCAGCCGGGAUGAAGUGGGGCCACGAGGCCAUCGAAGCCAACUCGCAGUACUUCCACCUGGCAGCCUGGGCGGUGCCGGCCAUCAAGACGAUCACCAUCCUGGCGCUGGGGCAGGUGGAUGGAGAUAUCCUCAGUGGGGUGUGCUUUGUGGGCCUGAACAACGUGGAUGCUCUGAGGGGCUUCGUGCUGGCGCCCCUCUUCGUUUAUCUCUUCAUCGGCACCUCCUUUCUCCUGGCCGGCUUCGUGUCUCUCUUCCGCAUCCGCACCAUCAUGAAGCAUGAUGGUACCAAGACAGAGAAGCUGGAGAAGCUCAUGGUCCGGAUAGGCGUCUUCAGCGUCCUCUACACCGUCCCUGCCACCAUCGUCAUUGCCUGCUACUUUUACGAGCAAGCCUUCAGAGAACAGUGGGAGCGAAGCUGGGUGGCCCAGAGCUGCAAGAGCUACGCCAUCCCUUGCCCUCAUCACCAGGGCGGUGGGGGGCCCCCUCCCCACCCACCCAUGAGCCCGGACUUCACAGUCUUCAUGAUCAAGUACCUCAUGACAUUGAUUGUGGGCAUCACCUCCGGCUUCUGGAUCUGGUCGGGCAAGACCCUUAACUCUUGGAGAAAGUUCUAUACCAGACUUACCAACAGCAAACAGGGGGAAACCACUGUUUGAGAGAGAAACCUACAUCCCACAAGCACCCAACCCCAACAAAAAGCCAUUUCCAGUUUCCUCCACUUUCCCAUCCCUGAAAAGGUGGCUCCAGAGGAUUCAUUCCUCUUGUUUGGCUCUUUCCAGCUAGGCUUCCUCUCUCACACACACUUUAAAAAGACAAAACAAAAACCCUUCAAAUCUCUAAAACCGUCCCUGGAAGCAAGCAAACAAGGGGACUUAACUGCUAGGAGAGAUUUGGGACAUACUGAAUACGGACACCUCACUCUCUGGUACCAAGACUUUAUGGUUUUAUGGUUGUAAAUAGCCUGUGUAAGAUUUUUGUAAGUAUAUUUGUAUUUAAAUGAUGGAAAAUCACAUUUUUAAUUAUUUAGGGAUUUUGAACCAUUCCCAGAUUUUCUUCCUUUGCUUUCCUCUCCCUCGCCCAAGUAUUCCAAAAAGAAAAAAAGGGGGGGGGGGAGGUAGCACACAGGUUUUUUCAGAGCCAUCUGCUCAGGGUUGAGCAGAGAAGUCUUGAUUUUGUUGCCAUGUCCGACAAUUCUCCCCUCCUUUCCCUCUGACCCCACUCCCCCUUUCUGAAGUGGGUUGGGGGAACUCAGAUCUCUUCCAGCCUUCCCUAAACUGGGAGGUUUGCCAGUCCCAAUUCCACCCUCCCCUGGGGGCAGAUUCUGAAGCCUCGUCUUUUUACUUUACAAAACCGAAUUUUCUACGUGAACUGUGCUCAAAGCUCACCAGGGACCUGGCAGAUGUGGGUGCAGUCAGUCUUCAGCCUGCUACCACAACCCACCUCUCAUUCCCAGGCACUCUAAUGGUGACACUUAACCUGGUUUGAGGGUGAAUAGGUUGUAAAUUCCAAGCUUGUUUUCCAGUCUACUUUUUCAUGGAUGAACUCAUUUUUUUUUUCCCUGAGUGUGUAAAAUCUGAAAUAGAUUUGGCCAACCUCAUGGAAAAAAAUGUGGUGACUGAGCUUUCAGAGAAGACAUCAUGGGUUGGAAGAGACUGGAAAUGGGGGUUUGAAAAUGUUCAUUUCAAUUGUGGAUUCAUUCUUGGCAGUCUGCCUCCUGGAUCUAGACAGCUUAAGUGUUUAUAGUUUACUCUUCUGUAAACAAAAACAGUUGAGAUCACCUGGAAAUCUCUAUUGGAAAAAUGGAUAUUUAUUGUCAUUAACAGGACAACAAAAUAUAAACAGGAUCAGAAAAACUUUAGGGGUUCAGGAUAAUGGGCUUUUCCACAGUGUAUUGCUAUAAUCACUUUUGGAAAUUAAUUUACAAACCAAUUAUUAAUUGGUCUUUUAACUGCAGAACUCUUUAAGGAAACAAAAUGUUGUAUGUGGUUAACCCAUUCGUGUUAUUAAGAAACUAAGAUUGAGGAGUCCUGGAUGGGGGAGGGGAGAAGAGACAGUCGGUGCCUCAGAUGGGGGAACCUGAGAAGAUUCUGGAGGCUGAGGAGCAUCAGCAAUUGAUGGGUUUAUUCCCUCAAUAAAAUGAUAUUGCAUAAAAUGGGGGAAAGGGGGCCCAUGUUCUGCUACCUUAAAAUCUUAUGUGCUUCUCUUUCCCCACAGAUUUGUACAUGCAAAAGAAAAAUAUGAUCGUCAUAUUUUUUUGUGUGAGUUUGUGUGGAAGGAAAGGAGGAGAAAUGCAUCUGUCCUGCUAGCAUUGUUUUGAACUUUCAGAGUAUAUCAUAAAGCCUGUACUUAAAAUCCUAAAUUAAUCUGUGACUGUCAUAAGCCUAAAAUGCAAAGGUUUCUUUCUUUUUUUAAAAAAAAAUUUGGUAUGCAUUUAUUCUGUUCACUAUCACAAGAUCAUCUAUAUUUAUAGAGGAAUAGAAGUUUAUAUAUAUCAAAUACCAUAUUUUUAAUUUCGCAAAUAAAAAAUUGAGGUUUUGUAUAAAAUGCUAUGGUCUUUGUGCCUCACAGGAAGAGAGCUGGUACUGUCUGCUGUCUUUACAUUUUAUAAGGGUCUCCUAAGCCCGCCCCACUGUAUGAGGAAUUCAGCACAGGGAUCCAUGAAACAGGUUUGCUGCUUCAACAUUUAGGCUGGCUUAGAUAAAUCUGUCUCUCCAAAGAACUAUGGUAAUCAUAUUCAGCAUCUCUGUUGUGGUUGAUAUCAUUGAACCCAAGAAAAGAGCUGUUUUUUAUAAAAGAGUAAAAGAGAAGUUUGUAAGGAUGUUGUCCAGAAAGCUUACGAUUUUAUCACCAAAAAACCAGCCCCCCCCACCCCAUGAACAGAUUUACAUGACUAUUUUUAGUAUUUUUGUUUACAUUUCAUCAAUUGUCAUAAUAUUGAUGAUAUUAACUUCUCUCUCCAGUUCUCAAUAUUCAGAAACAAUCAAUGAAAUGUGAUUUUAAGCAUUUUAGACUACAAUUAGAUUUAGGACUUAAGAAAAAUUAGAUGGAAUGCUUUUGAAGCUCCCAAAUUGAUCUCUUUCAAGGAACCUUUAUUGUAAUCUCCCACAGAAUUAUUUAUGUGAUUGGCUCAAAAGUUUUGAUUUUUUUUAUUAAAGAUUUUUAAAAAAAUUUUUAGUUUGAGGAAUACAUACAGAGGUUACUGCACAUUUUAUAACAUGGAAGUCAGGACAGAUUUAUCAUCUAAACUACAAACAAAAAAUUGGAAAUUUAAAAAUCUAGAAUAGCUUUGUUUAAAAGAAGAAAGAAGAAAAAAACUGUUACUCUAUAGAUUCAACAUUUCUUUUGUGAUAUAUUUACAUUGUAAUGUUUUUGGUCAAUCACAAUGGGCUAAAAUGACUUCUAUCUAUUGCAAUUAUGUUUUGGUUAUAAAGGAAUUGAAAGAACUGUUUCUGUUAUUCAACUUUAGGGAAUUUGAAAAUAUUUUCCCCAUUGGGAAAAGUAAAUAUUUAUAGCCUAAAAUUUUAGGUAGCAUUUGUACAAUAAUUCGCAUAUACUUCUCCCCUACCUUUGUUAAACUGCUUUAAGUAAAUAAAGUAGCUAUUUGAAAAGUCCUUCUGUAAAGACAUGGAAAAACCAACAGCUCUAAAUAAUAAGAAAAAUGUAUCUCUUAGGAUAUGAGGUAAUUCAAAGAGGUAAUUUCUAAAAAUCUGCUUUGAUGCCCUGACUUAUUUUUUUCUGAAAAGUUGCACCAGAUUUUACAUGAGGAUUAAAUGUUAGGAUACUACUUAGCCUGGGUGGUAAGGAUAGUUUGAUAGUGAGUUUGAUGCAGAAGGGUUUUGUAAGCUAGCUUUAAAUACUUGUAGAAGGGCUUUUAAAAUCCUCACCAGGCUCUGUUAUUGGAGCUCAAGUGACUUAAUACUGAAAGUUUUAAAAAAGAAAUAAAAAAUUAGGUGCUUUUAUAUUGAUUACCAAACCAUGAUGCCUCAAAGACCAUAGAGCCAUUGGCAAUGGUGUCACAGUGGCUGGAGGGCCAUGUUGAUGUUCCCCUGACAAUCCUUGUUUUUUAUAGGAUUUAACUUGUUCUCUUGUUAUUGUUAAUAACAACUAUCAGAAUCAUUUCUCCCCUCUAACCCCAGCUUCCUUGAUUUAACUAUUGGGAUGAGUGUGUGUAUAUACACAGUAAAGAGAAACUUCUGAUGCUUUUAAAAGAAAAAUAAAUAUUUAAUACACUUACAUUUUGUAGCCCCCAAGGGUCAUAUUCUUAAUUGCAGAGAGUGCUUCCCCACAUCAGCCCCUGUAAGAUGGAUAGGCAGGGGUUGAAGCUAAUCUUUCAGUUAGUUCUGUGGCAAUCACUCGUCAAAGAGAGUUUAUACUACUGCUCCUUUUGUCUCCAGUGAGCAAUGGUAGACCCCUCACAUACUUCUGCACUCUUCUGAAAGAAGAGCUUUAGAAGAGUGAAUGAUAGGCAACUAGUUAAAACAAGGCCUAAACACAAGGUAUUUGAGUACUUAGGUGUGAUUUCAGAUCGGUUCCACUGACUGACACCAGAUACAUCAGGCUGAAUACAUGUUUGUCCAGGAAAAGGUUUUCUUUUAACUCUUGCUGCUCUACUUUUUAUUUUUCUUUUAGUCAAUGUAAUAAGCUAUAGGCCAGAUUUUGUGCCAUCAAUGUACAAUCAAUUAAAGCCAAUGGCAUACCAUUUGUAGAUACACUGCAGAAUUUCUCAUUAUAGUCCAUUUAGGGGUUAGGAUAGCUUUGGCCUUCAAAGAUACAAACUAUGGGGCAGCUAGGUGGCACAGUGGAUGGAGCACCGGCCCUGGAGUCAGGAGGACCUGAGUUCAGAUCCGGCCUCAGACACUUGACACUUACUGGCUGUGUGACCCUGGGCAAGUCACUUGACCCCAAUUGCCUCACUAAAAAAAAAAAAAAAAAAGAUACAAACUAUGUAGCUGUAUCCCAUGCACCAACUAAGCUUUGGUCCAAUGUGACUUAGAAUUCCCACUAACUUUAGAUGGGUAAAUGUUUUCUCUUAGCUUUAUUAUGUUCUUUGAUACAUGGCUGAAUAAGAAGUCACUUUGUUGAUUAAACUGCAGACAACCUCUGGACUAAUUUUUAUAAGGCACACUGCAAGAAGUGAUAACCAGUUUCUCCCUAAAAAGGGAGCAUCAUGAUCUUUGAACAUAUGAGCACUCCCUUAUAUGUUAUAAAUAGGGAUUUACAUUUUUUUUAAAAUUAGGACUUUAGCAUGGCUGAGUAACAAAAUUUAAUGUCUUCAAUAUGAUUUUGAUUAGGGUGAUUGUACAUUUUUUUUAAAGUAAAUAGUCUGAAGGUCAUAAUCAGCUCUACCAGCCAAGGAGAUAUUUAACUUCAGUUAUUUAGAAAAGUAAACAAAUUCCAGUUUAGUUUCUGAUUUCCCAGUAGAGAAUAUUCAUAAAUUAUUGUUUUCAUUUUCAGAUAGUUCUGUUCUAAGACAGCAGCAUGCUUCUAAAUAAUACCAUUUAGAUGGUUUUUGAAAGGCCACUUUAAUGAAUUGCCUGGAUGUCUUGUAGCAGCAAUCAGAUAUAAAACGUCUCUCAAAAGCAUAUAUAUGCACCUUUUCCCGCAUUUAGCAUCCUUUAGAAAACUAUUUAAGAUUGAUUGCAUUUCUUUGAAAUCUACACAUUCUUCACAAUCAUUUCAAUUAAAAUUUAAAAUUUUAGAAUUACAAACAUCAAUACACAGAUGUUCUGUACAUUUCAAAUGAUAAAGAUCUCAAGAAUAUUUCUCUGUAGAACAUGUCUUAAAACGUAUAUCCAUAGCAAUGCAGUGAUUAACACAUUAAAAAAGAAGGAGCAGCAAUGCUUUUGAAA